GACAUUGCCAUAUAUGAUUCAACCUCUCAAUCUCUGUCAUAUUUUGAAUCAGAGUUUGAAUGUUGGUACAAAAGCUAUACGCUCUGAAACAAAUUUCACUUUCCAAGAAAAAUAUGGCCUCAGUUUCCAGAUCAUGCUAAAAAUAUAUGCUUUUGUCCUCUUUGUCGGAUUCUAGACUCAUCCAAGUUCUUUGGCUAUUUACACUUCCACCAUCUACUCUAAUUCUAUAAAGCGUGCCAUUAACUCAGUAGCUUCUUCGGGAAGGUGAAUAAACUGACGGCAGUUGCUGCACUGUUUCAGAUCUGCAAUCAACAUCAGCUUUUACAAAAAUCGGCUGGUUUAAACAUGAUCAUAAAGACUUAAGGAGAUCAAUCAGGAAAAUUUUGACAGUAAAUACGGUAUACUGUGGCACACUGGUCAAGUCUCUAUCAGCAAACAUAACAACUGCAACUCGACCCACCUGCUCUCCUGCAAAAAAUGGUAAUGAACAAGGUCGUAAGGGCACCAGCUCGAGAGGAAGAAGGUCAACAGAACAAGAAACGGUUAUUGGUGAUUGCUCUGAUCACAAUUCCUAUGAUUAUGAUCCUACUCAGAACAAUGAUGUAUUAUCUAAAAAGGAGAAUACUCAAGUCAAUUGGUUUCAGAUCAUUGCUGGAAUGCUCUCAUUUGAGCUUCUGAGUUAUUCAUGAAUUUGCUUUUUGUUACGGGAAGGAUGAGACCUGGGUGAGCCAGACAAAAUUGUCAGGAAACUGUUGCAGCCUAGGGUCUAUGUGAAAUUGAUUAAUCUGGGUCUUGAGGUGGCCUUCAUCUCUGUUCAACUGAAGCCCCUUAGUUCGAUUUAGAGUUUUCAUGCAAAUCAAGAAGAAAGAGAUCCAAGAUUUCAGAACCAACCCAUCUUUUUGAACGAAGUUUACGAAAGAGUAAGAAUAAUAAAUGGCCAUGAAGAUUCUUUGAGACGAAGCAUGGACUAUUGUACCUGCAUUCAUUUAUAUGCAUCAUAUCUUGAAGAAUGACUGGACUGUUUUCGUGUCAUGAAGUACGAUGUUCAGAAAGAUCACUUGAGUAACAUGAUGGCAUUUAGAAUAAAGGAUCUCACAUGUUCAAUACAAUCUCUACAGAGAACCAAGGAACUUGAAACCCCAGACUCACUAAGGCAUCUACCUGCUUUGCAACAGCUUCUUUCUCGCCUUCUUGAUUGCCUGGUGGCUGAUCAAAUGUUCAUUCCUUUGUUUUUUUGUUUUUGUUUUGUUCACUUUAUUUUAUUUGGGAAAAUUACUGGUCACACCCUGUACUUUGGGUGAGUCGACAGUUCAAUCCCUAACAUCCUGAUUUUAACAAAUAACUCCUCAGACAUUCAAAUCUCACACAAUUUAAUCCCAAAUGACUAUUUUACCCCUCACUUCCUCUUUUUUUUAUUUUUAUUUAAAUUUAUCUCUCUCUCUCUCUCUCUCUCUCUCUCUCUCUCUCUCUCUCUAUUAUGUUUUCUGCUUCUUUCUCACUCUCUGUGAGUGUGAACCAGCGCCCUAACCUGAUCGGCGCUCUACCGUCAGGCCGCCUCCGGCUAGCGCAUGGGUAUCAUUCUUUUCGUCUCGUCGUCGCCGACAGCUCUGUGGCCUUGGAUCAUCCAUGCAUCGAAAGAGGAAUGAGAAUCGACAAUCCAAAGCUUGAAAUUUUCCAGCGAAGUCUUCUAUAAAUUUUGGCGACUCCGGCUGCUGAUUUAACUCCAUGGGGUAUGAAUCUUUCUCCCCUCGUGCUCUACCUGCUUAUAUAAAUGGUUUUUGAUUUCGAAUAGUUCUGAUGAAUUUGAGUUUUGGGUGACGUCGUAAUUCACUACUAUUCCGGUUUCCGGCAACCGUCUGGGUGUCUUCAACUUGUUUUUCGUCGGUCACUGUUGUCCUAGAACUCGGAAGUGUGGCUGGUUAAGCUGAAAUCGUUUACCGGGCUGAGUUGUUAGUUUCGGAAUUCGUUAAAUUUGGAAACUGACGAGAAAAGAGAAAGAGUCCAUUGUCGUGUUUUCACCAGAAAGCUACUGUGAAGGAGUUUGAGUUCCAGUCUGCAAAUCAGACAUAACGAAGGUGUGUCAUUUUGCAGCCACAACUGGGGACUAUAUGUAAUAACCUGAUUCAAUAUGCUAUUUCAAUGGUACAAACUCUCAAAAGCUCAAUUGUAAGUAGGUCUAAUCUGAUACCAUUCCAUCCAAUAUUCCUUAUGAUGUUCCUCCAUCAGGUUGCAGAUAAAAUUGCCAAGUUGUAUGCUGCAGUUACAGAUGGUAUUGUCAAUUUAGUUAACAAUGCAGGCCUUGGUUUUCUAUGUGCACAAUGAUGGGCAGCUGCUACAAUUAAUGAUGGGCAAUACUUGAUGUUGUGUCAUAGAAUGGUUUCAUAGGAUGUAUUGUAAACUGCAAUAAUGUAAACCAAACAAUUUUAGACAAAUGAAAUUUUGGCUCAUUUUAUCAUUCUGUCAUUAUUGUAAAUUAUUAGCAACAGUAAACCCCGCAGCAAAGCGCGGGCACUAUUGCUAGUGAGAACUCACACUUAGGUGCCCCAAGUUAACAGGAGAAUCUCUACAAAAAAACAUUCUUAACGUAUGGAUGUGUUUGUGCAAUUCUACUUCCCCAACUUCUAAAUGCAAACCAGGGAUCUGACAACUGCCAACGGUUUCUAUAUAAUCCGACAACCACCAACGAAACAAUUGGGUUAAUUACACGAUAACGCAUGGUCCCUUUCUACAGGCCGACUUGUUACUUGCUAGCUGGAUCAAUUUUUGUACUUAAUUGCAUGACCAAAUAGGAAAAUUGUACAACAAAAUAGAGAAAUUUGUACUCCAAGUUGCUCUGCAUUACUGAUACAUUAUUGGGCAAUGGAGCUACAAGAGUUUUUCAUUGUGGCAGCAAUCACCAUAGGUUUCCUAUCUGUUUGUAAAUCUUUGAUCAAUUUUGUGAGAUGGGUAUGGGUCAUGUUUUUAAGACCUCCAAGGAAUCUCAAGGAGUAUGGAUCUUGGGCAAUCAUCACUGGCUCCACUGAUGGAAUAGGCAAAGCCCUUGCCUUUGAAAUGGCUUCAAAGGGUCUUAACCUUGUCUUGGUCGGUCGAAACCCUUCGAAGCUCGAAGCUACCUCUAAUGGAAUCCGCGGGAAAUACUUUCAUGAACAAGUGAAAGUUAAGAGCAUUGUCAUCGACUUGGCAAAAUUGAGUGGGGAAGAGAUAGCUAGAACCAUAGAGGAAGGCAUCAAAGGGCUUGAUGUUGGUAUUUUGAUUAACAAUGCAGGGAUGACUUACCCUUAUGCAAGGUUCUUUCAUGAGGUUGAUUUGGAGCUGAUGGAGGGCAUUACAAAGGUGAACAUGGAAGCCCCAAGUUGGGUGACUAGGGCAGUGCUUCCCGGUAUGCUCAAGAAGAAGAAAGGAGCAAUUAUCAAUAUCGGCUCUGAUUUAUCCGAGGACCCUUCUUUGCCUCUAUACACUCUUUAUGCUGCUUCUAAAUCGUACCUUAAAAUGUUCUCAAGAUGCAUUAGUUUGGAAUACAAGCAGCAUGGAAUUGACAUUCAGUGUCAGGCACCUCGUUUUGUAUCGACCGAGAUGACAAAGAAUUUGAAGUCACUUCCAGUUCCCUUGUUGAUUGCAUCACUAGAGAAAUUCAGCAAAGCCAGCAUCCGAUGGAUUGGCUAUGACCAUCUAUGCAAUCCUUACUGGUCGCAUUCAGUGCAGGGGUUCAUGAUACAUGCCUGUCCUGAUGUUUUGAUUAAUGCCCUCUCCUUUUGGAUGUGUAGCACCGUCAGAAAGAGAGGCCAAAUGAAGGAGAGGCAAUAAAAAGAUCGAUGAUACACUAAAUAAGAAUCGAUUAUAAUGAUUGUAUUUGAUUGCAGUAUGUAAUACGUCUAAAUGUACGUCUACUCAAGCAUCACAAGGAUGAGCUAUAGCAUUCCCCCCAAAUUAGGGAGAUUGAUUUUCCAUUCUUAGCGUAAAGCUUGCACCGUAUUUCUCAAUUAUAUUUUGCUCAUCACAUAUCUUU